UUCGUGCUGGCAGCCUUCCUUCCACUCCCUUUCACUGGGAGGCUUCCUCAGAAGCCCUACACAACAGCUGGCUUCCUCUGUGCUUCUAGCCCCAAUGGCUUCUCCCCUUCAGCCUGGUGGCCUCAUUCCCCUCUGGACAUUUCUCCUGCUGGUUGGUGGUGUGGCAGAGGCAGGCAAGCUGCUGGUGUUGCCCAUGGAUGGGAGCCACUGGCUCAGCAUGCGUAUGGUGGUGGAGGAGCUGCAUCAGAGAGGACACGAGUUGGUGGUCAUCAUCCCUGAGGUGAGCUGGAGGCUGGUGAAGACAGCCCCAUACACCGUGAAAACAUACAAGCCCUCCUACAGCUUCGAAGACCUCAACCGGGUAUUCAAGAGAUUUUCUGAUAACCAGUGGGAUGACAUAGAUAAAGGCCUGCUCAUGUUGAUGAACCCAAACAUCACUUCAUUCUUUGAGUAUGUUUUUUCAAACUGCAACAGUCUAUUUAAAAACACUGAGCUGUUGCAGUACAUAAAGGAGAGUGCAUUUGAUGCCAUCUUUUUCGAUCCUUUUGACCAAUGCGGCUUCAUUGUGGCCAAGUACUUCUCCCUCCCAUCAGUGGCCUUUGCUCGGGUCUUUUGCCAUUACCAUGAGGAGGCGACCCAGUCCCCCGGUCCCCUGUCUUACAUCCCUCGAGGACUCACUGGGCUCUCAGACUCCAUGACCUUCAUGGAACGCGUUUGGAAUUCUAUCACCCAUCUUCAGGAAAUGUUGCUGUGUCCCUUUUUCUUCCAAAAGACCUUGGAUUUUGCCACUGAUGUUCUCCAAAGGCCCAUGACCUUGAAGGAACUGUACGGAGACACGUCCAUCUGGCUGCUGAGAGGUGACUUUGUCUUCGACUACCCCAAGCCCUUGAUGCCCAAUGUGGUGUAUGUUGGUGGCAUCACCUGCCAUGAGGGGAAGCUCCUGUCUCAGGAAUUUGAAGCCUAUGUGAAUGCUUCAAUCGCAUUCAAAGUCAAGAUUACAAAGAAAUCUUUCCAGCAGAUCUAA